AUGGUGUUGUUGUUACUUGUUAGGAUAGGUUAUCUGACAUUGAAUGCAUUUUUGGUGGACUAUACAACUGUAACUUCCUUCCCCUGCAACGGCUUUUCUCAUCGAGAAACCAAAAGAGAAAGCUCCAAGAACGCAUCAAUGGCGUCGAAGCUUCUAACUACCUUCUUCCUCGUAUUUUUCGUUCUCGAUCUAAAUCUCGUCGCACCUUCUCUGACAUCUCUUUCAUCCGCCGUGGAAGUCCUCUCCGAUUCAAGCUACUUCUCCAUGGGACUCACUCUAAAGCUCGCGAACCAAGAUCUAAACCUCGACGAUUGGCAAGAACUCACCAUCUUCGCACCUUCUGAUCAAGCUUUCACCAGAUCCGGUCAACCUUCGCUUCUCAAAAUCAAGUACCAGCUCUCUCCGACGAGACUCUCCGGUGAAUCCCUAAGAAACCUCCCGAACGGCGCCAAAAUCCCUACUCUCAGAUCUAACUCAUCUCUCGUCGUCACCAAUUCUUCACGAUUCGGAGACGGCAAAGCUUCGAUCAACGGCGUCGUGGUCCAAGACUCCCCUGUUUUUGACGACGGCUACAUCGCGAUUUACGGAUCCGACGAGUUUUUCACAUCCCCGACGAAGAUCUCCGACGAUUCACCAUCGUCUUCUUCAGUCCCAAACCCUACCUCAUCAUCUACUGGUUCGAUCCCAAUCCCUAGUUCAGCGACUCGUACUGCUCCAAGUCCUCCUAAUAGAUCUAAACCAGUAGUGAACUGCUUUAACAUCUUUGAAUCGGCUUCAAGAUUGUUAAUCUCGAGAGGCUUCGUGAUCAUGGCCACGUUUCUCGCUCUGCAAUUAGAAACUUCAGGAAACAACGACACCAAGAUGAUCACAGUCUUUGCUCCGAUCGACGAGGCGAUUCCAAAUCCAACCACCAAAUUCUCCGAUUACGCUACUAUCUUCAGAGGGCACGUGAUCAAUCGUCUUGUCUCUUGGAAAGAUCUUCAGAAACUGGCUUGGGAAGGAUCGAUUCUGCAAACUGUUCUCAAAGGGUAUGAAAUUGAGGUUUCUUGGUCUGGUGAUAUACUUCUUCUCAAUGGAGUCCCACUCAUCUAUCCAGAUAUGUUUGUCAACGAUUGCAUUGCUGUUCAUGGCUUUAACCAGAUGAUUGAACCGAAAGAGAAACAGGUUGANUCGAGAAACCAAAAGAGAAAGCUCCAAGAACGCAUCAAUGGCGUCGAAGCUUCUAACUACCUUCUUCCUCGUAUUUUUCGUUCUCGAUCUAAAUCUCGUCGCACCUUCUCUGACAUCUCNUACUCUUCUCAGUUAGGUGACUAUGAUGGUCUUCACUGA